UCACCUAUUUACGUCAUCGUUUUCAAAUCGUUUUGGUCUCAGUGCGUCCGAACGGACCCGGAUUCGUUGCGCUUUCAUAAAUUUCCAUUCUGGAGAGCUUUUUUAAAGGUUUCCGGAUACGGCCUGCAUUUUUCUGGAUAAGUGUGGGUGCUAAGCGUACCUGAAACUAAAGGUUUGGGGAUACAAACCAAUCCAGAUACGCGUAUAUGACCACCCGUAGCCUACGUCAUUGGCUUUACUUUAAGCGUGUUAAGCACUGUGGUGUUAAGAUCAAAAACGUGUGGUGUCGAUUUUCAGUCUUCUGUUUGAUGAAACUGUUUAACUUCCGGCGGCUAUAUGUAUAUGCUUUGCACGCUUUUUAGUUACACGUUAUUCACAUAGCGUUCAUGUAACUGAAAACAUUUCGGCCUGCCGUGCUCAUAGAGAAAAAAAUCUUUCAUGUAUGGAGGGAGCUCACGAACAAGAACAGCGUAAUUCACCACAAGAACGGGCACAUCUUCCUGAACAAGAUGUGGAAAAGAAGGAAACAAUUCAAAUAUUAAAUAAACGUCAGAUAAUAAUAUUUGAAGCCAUUACUGGCAUUAGAGAUUUUGUUUGUUCUGACGGCUUCAACAGAUUCUUAAAGGUCACCUUCAUCCUGCUUUGCAUACCUCAUGUGAUUUCGACUGUUUUCUCCUCCAUUUUCGACGCAUGGUGCAAUUUAUAUGAGCAUGCCUCUGUGACCAAUUGUUCCCAGCCUUUCUUCGUGCCGCAUCCCAGACAAUGGAUCUCAGCUUGGUUCGUAAUGUCAAUCAUAUCUCCCUUUCUUUUCAUUUCCAUCGUUUACACGGAUUGCCGGACGUGCAACUUCCAACGGAAGGGGUUUAGAAAGAUCUACAAAAAGGGAUCGUUUUGUUCAUUGAUGUUUUUACUCGCAGCGUCACUCAUAUAUUACUUCGUUCGGUUGAUUCCCUCAAAGGAAGAUAGAACCAGCAAGUUCAUGUCAGCCAUGAUGUUCCUUUGGAGUCCAGUUAACGCUCUCAUAAUCUGUUUUAUCAAUUAUGUACCCCGUGUACGAUGGCAGAAAAAAGAGACACAAGGGUGGCUAGGAUGCUUCUGUAAAAAUUGCGAUUUUUUCGUCUACUGGUGUGCGAUUUUGGUGUAUUUUUUCGAAUUGGUUUGCAAGAAUGCAGCCAUUAUGCUGAACGUGGCCCAAAGUUUCGACCCGUUUCUCCAGAAGAAUUAUUCCCAUUCGUUAAGCCCGUAUUGGGGGCUGAUGGUGAUAAUAAUUGGCUUUGAUCUUGCGUUCCAUGCACGUUUGCUCACCUUCUAUUGGGAGAAGAUUUUCUACGGAAAUAGAGAUCUGUUCGCAGAACCUGGUGGCGAUAUGGUGUUUGACGAGGAAGACUCGACAGAUAUAGAAUUACAAGAGUUGGCGCAUGAAGAGAGAGAACACUGCGUUUAAUAUCAAAAUCCGAGCACACUUAUGAUAACACCACCUUCAUAACAUUUUUAUUUUAACGAUAUGUUUUUUUUUACUUUUUACCUUUCUUAUAUAUAUUUAUAUAGUUUAUAUAUAUAUUACUCCAGCUCAUCCAGGGCUGGAUGGGAUUUCUCCACUUAUAUAACCGUGUAUUGGCCAUGUAU